CGAGAGGCCAUGGCAGCCUCUGUGGAUCUCCAGCAGCUCCAGGCCGACCUGGACCUGAAGUGCUCCUUCUGCCUGGCGUACUUCUCCGACCCUGUGCGGCUCACGAUCUGCAGCCAUAACUUCUGCCGGUCCUGCAUCACCGCCUACUUCAAGACGAAGCGGGGUGCCAGCUGCCCGCUGUGCCGCAAGGGCUUCGAGCUGAAGGACUUGUGGCCCAACCGGGAGCUAGCCGUUCUGGUGAACUUGAUCUCCAGGGAGGAAAAGGAGAAAGAGUCGGAGAGACAGGAGGAGCUGGAACUGAACAGAGCCAGCGACAGCCAGAGCUCAGCGAGACGGAGAGAUGUGGAAAAGGAGGAAGAGAUAAAUGAGAUCUCCAAGCAACUGGAAAUGACUGAACAGACCAUCCACCUCUUGAGGAAGGAUCUGACUAAAACAAAGGAAUAUACAUCUCAGAUCAAAAGUCGGAUUACUAAAGAUUUCUGUUGCAUGAAGGAAUAUGUUGAAAGACAGGAGAGAAACACACUGAUGUUCAUUGAAAAACAGCAACAAGCAACUCAACAGAAAAUUGAAGAGGUUAUUGACCAGCUCUGUGCUGAAGUGAACAAGCUCACAGACAUCAAAGCCCAAAUGGAGAAAGGACUGGAUAACUUACCUGAGAGAGAUGGGUACAAAGGCUCACCUUUAACAAUGGAUAAAAUUACACUUGAUGAGGAAAAGAUUGAUGUUCUCACAAGUGCUGUAGAAGAUCUUAAGAAACAACUGGAAAUGUUACUUUUGGAGAAAUACCCUGGGCAGUUCCCUCCAGAACAACCUCCAGAUUUGCAUCAGGAAGCAAGGGUCUGCUCAUUAUCUUCAGAGUCUAGAGCUGAAAAUCCAGGACCAGGGAUUUCAAGCCAGUUUUCUCAGUGGGCAGAUGAUGUGACCUUUGAUCUCACAAGAGUAUAUCAGCGCUUAGUAAUCACAGCCCAGAACAGGAAAGUAAUGGUUUCCAACCAUCCCUCUAAUUAUGAACCAUCACCCAAGAGAUUCUGCAUCAGCCAAGUGAUGUGUUCCCAGAGCUUCUCUACUGGGUGCCACUACUGGGAAGUAAUUACCAAGGACAGUGAUGGAUGGGCUGUUGGAGUUGCUCAUGAAAUGAUUGGUAGAAAAGAUAAAUUGGGAAGAUCAGAGCAUUCCUGGUGUGUGGAAUGGGUAGGUCCCCAAAAGCAGCUGUCAGCAUGGCAUAGGGGUCAAGAAACAUUAUUAAACAGGGAGAAACCAUUGAAGGUUGGAGUCUUCCUCGAACUACAAAAGAAGAGCAUGUCAUUUUACUCCAUCACAGACAAAGAAAUGCUCUUGCAUACUUUUGAAAUCAAUACGUCAAAUCCUCUUUACCCUGCCUUCUGGUUAUAUAAUCUAGAGAGAAAUGGAUCUUUAACUAUAAGUCAUACAAACAGGAGGUAAAGCCUGUUCAGGAAAGUGAAAAUUUUGACUGGCUGCAGAGCUUCUAUAAAAGCUUUAGUGUUUAGUAUAAGAAUUUACCAGAGAGUAUAGUUACCCAAGCUUGCCUGGAAAUCAGCAAUUCAUAUUUUGUCUGCUUGCUUUUUCUUGUGCUAUGCUCUGAUCUAGCCAUACUUCACUAAAGCAAAUCCGGUCUAUGCUAAGGGUGUUAACCACCCCCGAGGAAGUGAGGUGGAUUUCCUAAGCAGCAUUAAGCAGUCCCAAACCUGCACCUAUAAAGGAAGCUCUCCUUCUUAGCAGCCCCAGAGGUGGGGACUAAGCCCACCUGGACCACACGGGCCUCGUCGUCCUACAUUGAGUCAAAAAAUACACAUUGUGCCAUUUUA